GCUUCACCACGAUUGAGGAUUUGAGGUGAAAAGUUGUGUGCUUGCUAGAUGGGUAUGGGUGAGACUGGGAAGCGAAAUCGUAGGCAUGAUGGGGACAACAAGAACCAGAAAAGGAGGACAGAAAGAGAUGAGAAGGGCGAUGCUGAGCUGGUUGUUUACAGGAUUUUAUGCCCUGCUAAUGUUAUCGGAAGUGUUAUUGGAAAGAGUGGGAAAAACAUAAAUUCCAUCAGACAUAACACUGGUGCGAAGGUUAAGGUGGUGGACCCCUUUCCUGGCGCUAAGGAUAGAGUUAUACUCAUCUAUUGUUAUGUAAAAAAUAAGGAAGAUGUUGAGGUGGAUGAGGAAUUCAACGACAGCAGACCACUUUGUUCUGCACAGGAUGCUCUUCUUAAGAUGCAUGCGACAAUCAUGAAUUCUGUUUCUUCUCUUGGGGAAUCUGACAGCAAUCAGAAGGAAAAGGAAGUUUGUCAGCUUUUAGUUCCUACCAGCCAGAGUGCAAAUGUCAUUGGGAAGUCUGGGGUUACCAUAAAAAAGAUGAGAAGCAAGACUGGAGCAAACAUCAGAGUAACUCCAAAGAAUGCCAGUGAUCCUAACCAUUCUUGUGCAUUGGAGUUUGAUAAUUUUGUGGUGAUUGCUGGUAUGUCGGAGGCUGUUACGAAAGCAGUUUUUGCAGUUUCUUCAAUCAUUUACAAGUUUGCACCAAAAGAAGAGAUUCCUCUUGAUACCACAGUUCAGGAAAUCCCUUCAAGUAUUAUUAUACCAUCAGAUGCUCCGAUAUAUUCAACUUCUGGCAUAUACCCGGGUGUAGAUCCUAUAGUCCAUACCGCACCAGUUUCUUCUGUUUUAGGUUCACAUUUGCAAGAGUUUCCAGGUUAUCUGGAUGCAGGGAGUACAUGGGCAGAUUAUUCAUCUUCUUCUCGAACUGAGGAGUUGAGAAUCAGAUUAUUGUGCCCAUCCCACAAUAUUGGGCGUGUCAUUGGCAAGGGUGGAAACUCAAUCAAAACCAUACGACAGGCUAGUGGUGCUCAAAUUGAGGUUGGUGAUGUCAAAGCUGAACCCGAAGAAUGUAUCAUCACUGUGAUCUCUAAGGAGUCAGUUGAUGAUGUCAAGUCAAUGGCAGUUGAAGCUGUGCUAUUGCUGCAAGGAAAGAUAAAUGAUGAAGAUGAAGACCGUGUAACUUUAGGUCUUCUUGUUCCUUCUGCGGUUAUUGGGUGCCUUAUUGGUAAACGUGGUUCUAUUAUAAAUGAAAUUCGAAAACGAACUAAAGCUGAUGUUCGGAUCUCCAAAGGAAAGAAGCCCAACUCUGCAGAUCCAAGUGAUGAACUUGUAGAGGUGGUUGGGGAAGUCGGCAAUGUGAGGGAUGCGCUUAUCCAGAUUGUGCUAAGGCUCAGGGCUGACAUUCUCAAAGAACAAGGAGAGCAGAAUUCUUCUGCAUUUCCUGAUAUUUUACAUGCUAGUGGAGCCCAUGUUUCAGUGCCUUCAGUUUUGCAAAGUAUUCCUCAAGUUGCUCCUUUGAGAUAUGAGCGGAGUACUGAAAGUGGAGCUGGAAUUUAUUCUUCAAACAUUGUUUAUGGACCCGAGAUUCUAUCGGUUGGUGAGUAUGGAGACAAUAGCCAUGGUUUGUUGUCAGCAUAUUCUCCAAAACGUUAUAACAGAUUACCUCCACCUGCCCUGGAAGUGCUUAUACCUGCUCAUGCUAUUGGUAAAGUUUUGGGCAGACGUGGAACUAACUUAGACAACAUCCAAAAUAUAUCCGGAGCGUCUAUAGAGAUCACUGAUUCCAAAUCCUCCCGAAGUGAUCGCGUGGCUCUAAUAUCUGGAACACCUGACCAGAAACGUGCUGCUGAAAACUUGAUCCAGGCAUUCAUAAUGGCCACUUAAUUCAUACCCCCACUUCUGAGGUGUCCACCAGCUUUAUCUUUAGAAUCGACUAGAUUUUUUUAAUGUUGGGGGGUGGGGUGGAUUGCUUAGGAUUUUUCUGGAUUCCUGCCCCUCAGCACAUAUCCAUUAUGUUUCAGUGCUUGUUGUGUCUUCACCAAAAUAGGUUUCAGGCGAUGAAAUGUUGCUAGCUAGGGUUUCGCUCCAUCAAUGGUUCCAUUAGAAUUUCAAGAUGUUUUAUUUUCUCAGCGUUUUAAUCACAGAUCCGACCAGGUUGACUGACUUCUGUCUUGUCUUCAAAUUGCUGUGCACAAGCUUAAUAAGGAUCCUUUGUGAUAUCUAAGCCAUAUAUGUGGCUUAUGAUAUUUUUUUCGUAAUCUUCAUCAUCAGUUUCUUCUGAGACAUCUUCUCACUUGUUUGAACUGUGGCUUGUCUUGUUUCUUCCUGGCGUGCUCUUCAUAACUAUUUGCACAGGUUCAGAUUGAUCUCUCUGUCGUGUGUGACGGCUACCAAGUUUUUUCUUCCAUUUGAAUACCAUGCUUGACUUUAAAAGGGUCUAAAUAAAGCACAAUACUCUUAUGCUCGACUCGUAAAAUAUUAUCUCACUUUACUCUUUCCUUAAUACAUUAUAUUUUCAUAAGCUCCUUACAACAUUCAUUUCUUGCUUCUCAUAUGAUAUCCACCAUGCACCCACUGACCAACUAUAUAUAAAAUAAAUCAACUAGAAACAACAACAACAACAACAACAACAACAACAACAACAAUAAUAAUAAUAAUAAUAAUAAUAAUAAUAAUAAUAAUAAAAGAGCUAAAGAGCCUACACUUUUCUGUUCCAGACCUUCAGAUCUCUUGAAGAUCUUUCCCUCUUAUGUAGUUAUUCCCAUUCUUAUCCUCUCCGACAAACAUUAUGGCCCCAUUCGGGAUUACGUUUGUGGUGUUAAAAGCACCUUUUUGCCCCAGCGCAAUCUUGAACAAACUAUACUUCUAUUCAAAAGCUAAUUUGAAACGGGAAAAUCCACCAUAAUUCAAAAGUGAGUGCGAGAUGGUUUUGGGAUUUUGAGUACUACUUUUGAGGUUAACUAUUUCAUAUUUAGAAAUUUCAAAAUUUUACAUCACACUUCAACUCUAAUGUCAAAAAUUUGUAUCUCUUAAAAUCACUUCUCAGCACAAUUUCAUAAUUGUAAGCACUUUUACAACAAGGAGCUUUUUCCAAAUGCAUCCUCAACCUAAUUCGGCCCAAGUCAAGCUUCAUUUUUUAACUUCCAAAACACUGGGCUGUUUUGUUGAACACUGUUUUGGUGUGUAAUUGUGAUAAAUCAACUUCCUACUAAUAUGAUUAUUUAAAUGUCUGCUAUAAUUGUUAUCUCUUGUACUUCCCACACAUGCCUUCCCUGAAAUCUUAAUGCUAGGUUCCUUUGGUUUUAAUGCUCACAUGAAGUAGAUUUUAGUUAAAAAAAUUAUCUCUUAAUCCAGGGAGUAACUUAUUUCUUGAAACCAUAUAGCCUUUUCUGCAGUAAAAGAAAAUAUUAUUUAAUCAAAUGAAGUGAAGCAACAGCUUAACCCUUCUGUAUUCUAUCAAAACUUCCAGAAGUUCUGUCUUAUCCUGUGUUGUAUGGAAAUGUAGGAAACAUAGGGAAAUAUGAAACGAAAAACAUCACCUUUUAAUAUAAAACAAGUAUUACGGGUGUUUUACAGAUGUUCUUAAAGUUCCUGAAAGUGAAAUACAAUUUCUUGAGAAUUUCUGUGCUUCAUAGGUCUUAUCAGUUAUCAUUGUAAUGUAACAUCAGCUAAUUUUUUAAAAUACCUUAACUGACUCCGAAAAGAACUUUUGAAGAUGAAUUAGAAGAAAUUUGUGCCUGAAUCCGUAGUGAUCAUCACAGAGAAUUCUUUUUCAUCCACUAUCUAGGGCUUUGUUCUGUUUACAUCUGUGACUUUCCUCUAUAUCCCAUUCACUCGUUGCCUCUUUCUUCUCUUUGCAUGCUAGAACUUUACAAAUGUAACACUCCAGGCCUGUUCUGUGGCUUUGUUACCCCCUUCAUAGUAUUUAUAUACAGGAAAAAAAUAUCUUCAUGUGCUAGAUAUAACGCUCAAUAUCUCAUUCCUACAAUGAUAUUCAAAAUACAGUGGCUAAGAUUUUAGAUUUCGGAAUUAUGGUUAAUUAGUGCCUUUUUUUGUUUUUGCUUCUUUUUUUUCUAUUGUCGUUAAAAUCCCGGCUUAGUUGCCAGGCGCAUCUUGAGUGCGAAGGUUUUCCUCUCGCCUAGGCGUGCCUAAAUUCACUCAGAUCAUUUGCAGCUCUGUCUAAUCUCCCACUAGAUGUUAGGCUCCAAUCUCCCACUGGUGCUUUUCUCAAUGUUUUGUGCGUGUGGAAGCUUAGGUAGAUGUUUAUGAAACUCGUUUUUCAUCAUUGUUUAGUAGAACAUUUUCUAGAGUAUAAAAGAUUAUCGCAUAGAAUAUCAGUGUCAUGCUCUUCCUAUCAGUAUGCAACCAAUUCUCCUCAACUAGUUGGCCAUCUUUUGGGGUAUAUGAAGUUCUUUUUUUUUUUUUGCCGAAGCCAGUGGAGCUUCAUCCUAAUCAUUUCCGAAGUAUGAUAAUAUCUAAGUUUUUUCUACUUUAACUGGAGGCCAGCAGAUUUAGGCUUAUUAGUUUAUUCUAUAAACUGUGGUUAUGUAUAUUUAUGUCUUGAGUGUAAAUAUUUCCUCUGAUUUGUUUGAAUUUAAAUGGCACUUAAAUUUUCUUGAAUUAAUGUCAAUGACAGCCCUUCGUAUUUGAUGC